UGUAACAUUUUACAUAGAAAUAUGAGUAUUUAAUUUCGAUUAAAUAUAUGUUUACUUGUUGAAUUUAUCGGCUGCACACAACAGCUGAUCGGCCAUUAGACCCAACAACAAAACGCGAAAUAAAAUGUGUAUUUUAAAACUGUUGGAUAAACAGUACCUACAAUCAGAAAAACUUACCUUUAAAAAGGUACUCGAUUAUGAAAUAACAAAAAUAUCAAAAAACACGACUGAAUAUCAGCUUUUUAUGGUGACAAACUAAACACAAACACCAAACCAACACAUCACAUAACCGACCAUAUAAAAUAAGUGAACGACAACGAACGAACGAACACGAACACAGAUUCACAGAUAGCCCAAGAUUUGUCAAAAGUCAUGUUCCACCAAUCACAAUGCCGACAUCAGCGCCUCUGACUAAACGGAAGGAAAAUAAAUACGAUUACAUGUUUUUUAUUAGAGUUAGCGGGGCAUGAACGUAACCUCAAAUUUUUAUGUGUUUCAGUCAUAGAGGUAUAUAUUAACAUAGAGGGAGCCUACCUUCCGCGCUUCCUGACGACAAGAUCUCAUGGACUGGUUUGCGGCAUCUCUUUCUAACACGUUGUAUCGAAAACCUAUGAUGACAUUCAGUGUGAAUAUAGGCACGGAAGAGGAGACAACUGUAGCAGCUUUACUAUGCGUAAGAGUGAAACAGCACUAAUCCAAAUAAAAAAGAUGGUGUCGUCACUUCGCUCUGAAUGACACUCUCUCUAUGAUAAUAUAUAACUCUAUGGUUUCAGUUGGUUUCACUUUUGUUUAUUUUCCUUUGACUGACCGUUUGGCAAGGGCGGAUCCAGGGAGGGGGCUAUGGGGGCCAUGGCCCCUCCCGAGAAUUUAAAAAAUAUAAAUUUAAAUAUUUGCCGUUUAAAUGUUUUUAUUCUUUUUCUCAUGAUCAUCUUUCAGUGCGUCACAGUUUUUCGAUUUCUUUCUAACGUAUUCAAUUGUAUAUGACAGAAAAAAAGGCACGUCGGUGAUUACUUCUAGUUCUGUGAUUAUUCUAGUUGUCGAUAGAUGGCGCCAUAAUUAAAAAAAAUAUUUUUUUUUAAUUAGAUAAUAAUAUUACAAAUAUAAUCUGUAUAAUUUAUAAGACUAUACAAAUCAAAGAAAAUACCAUUUUAUAAAUGCAAGAAACACAUUUGAUUUGUUUUUAUUCUAAAUUGAAAAUAAAAUGUGACAACUGUCAGAUUUAACUAAAAUGUCAUGUUAGAAUAAAUGUCAUAAAUGUGUAUUAUCACGGACUUAUUCUUGUUCUCAUGAUCAUUUUUCAGUGCGUCAUUAAUUAUGACGUCAUAUACUGUAUUGGCUGUGUCGAGACUUAUUUCAUGUAAUUAUUGACGAAUCUGACAGAUGCUACAAUCGUACUUAGCCAUAGGUGAAAAGCUUGUGGAAUUAGUAAUUUAGUAGAUUUGAUUUUUACACAAUAUGUUAACAUGUAGGUAUUUUUUAUAAAGGGGAAUAGAAUUAAAAAGUAAACAAUAUUGUUAAUUAAAUUUAUAAAUAUGGAAACAUUAAAAAAUGACACAAAACUAUCCAUAAACUGUGUUUUUAUCUUCUUCUCUAGGUGCUGUCUCCGCUUCAAAAGUUAGCAAUCAUCAGAGAGAUCUUUAUUUCUGAAACAGCGGCUCUAAAUAAUUCAUUGGUAUUACAUCCAAACCAGUUCCUAAGGUUUUCAGCCAUUAGUUACGUCUCCUUACUAUGGAUCUUUUUCUUGCAUAAUGACCUGGAGUAUUAGAUAUACAUCUCUCAUCACAUGUCCCAUAUAUCUCAGUUUUCUUCUUAUUUGUUAGUUCUCGUUCCUUAUGCGUAAGUCUCAUUACCUCCACGUUGGCUAUUCUAUCUACUCAUGAGAUAUUUAGCACUCUUCGGUACAUCUGGAAUGUCUCUAGUCUCCUCACGUCAAUGACUAACUUUUAACGAACUAAAUUCUAAACCAAAACACAAAAUAAUGCACAAAGACGUUGUGAAACACAAGUGAAGUCGAAUUCGAAAUUUCAAAAUGACAGGUACACAAAAUACUGACCUGAAUAAUAACCGUCACUUGACUCUGACACUUCUAAAAAAUGGCCAAAAUGGACGAAGUUUUCGUCAAAUGUUCGUAAUACGUGUAUUUGAUUGGCUAGAAAAAACGCGCAUUCUAAAUAUCAACGAAUCAAACGUAGGUUAGGAAUAGACAUCUUAUGUAUAUAACCAUUGUAAUGCUGCAUUAUUCUUGUGUUUAAUCACGGAGCUACCGCUUUUUCCGUCUCAUCUAACUUAAUGCAUUAGAGAGAAAUCGAAAAACUGUGACGCACUGAAAAAUGAUCAUGAGAACAAGAAUACCCUUUUUCCUAUCAUUUGUGACGCACUGAAAAAUGAUCAUGAAAAGGACAAUAGUAUUAAACACAUAUAUAUGUACAAAACAUGGGAAAAAUAUGUUUUCUGGACUAGAAAUCAACAAAAGCAGUAACGGAAGCUUCAAGAAUGACAUAGGAUAUUUUAUAAAUCAAAAUGUUGAUAAUUUUACAAAGUGCUAAUUGUUAGAACAAACUUGGCAGCCAUCAAAAUUGUAUCAAUUUCCAUAUUCUGUACACACAAAGAAUAAAAAAGAAAUAAAGCGUUACUUGGAUCACUAGCAUUUAGAACAAAGGAUUUGGUGGGUACUUUCACACCGUCAAAAGGGAUUGUCUUACAAGUAUUGCGUUUUAUUUUUAUAAUGAAAAAUAUGAUCAAAAUAAAGGGAUGACAGCCCAAAGCUUUGUCCUGAAACCUUUAACAUCUUUCGCCAAACUGAUGGGCAAAGACAGAGCCAUACAAACCUAUGAAAAAACAUAAUACCACAAGGAGUGCGUUCAAGUUGGGCUGAAUUUUCUACAAAGUUAUCGCAACCCACAAAAGUCAGUCAUUAACCAGAUAGACUCUCAAAGGUCUAAACAUAUACAAGAAAAUAGAGAAAGACUACGACGUAUAGUAGAGUCUAGUGUUCUUAGGUCGACAAAAUAUUCCUCUGAGAGGCCACCGUGGUGAUGGCUUCUGCUUCUGGACGAAGAUGCUGGACCUAGCAAUGAGGGGAAGUGUUAAGGUUUAAAAUCGCAUCAGGAGAUGAGACUCUUAAACAACACCUAUCCACAGCAUCGUCCUGAGCAAGAUACAUUAGUAGCACCAGUGAAAUCAAUUGAUAACAUGUGGUGAAGAAAUAAUUGAACAUCUAAUAAAUGAGGUUCAGAGUGUAAAUUAUUACUAUUACUGUAUCAUAUUUGACGAAAUGCCCGACGUACCCCAGGUGGAACAGCUUUACCUAAAUUUGAGAUACAUAGAUACAGAAUAACAACAUUCGUAAAGAUUUUGUCAAAUUCAUUGGCGCUUAUGAGAACAUAAAAAUAAUUAGUGAAAAUUAAGAGAGAGGGGAGGAACAAGUUCUGACAGGAGGAGCAUUGGGAAAAAUAGUAUUAAACUUGUUGAAAGAACUGCACUUGGAUCCGACAAAUGUGUAGGAAUCGGUACUGAGUUUAAUAAUACAUAGAUACUUUAAUAACGAUUAGCUUUGAAUGUAUUUAUGGCACCCAAUAGUGUGUGAAAAGGGCCUUAAAACUCACCGUUGUGACCCUAAUGUUUAAAACUUGCCCCAAGAUCCCCGGUACCCUCCUCCAAAAAAAAUUCAUGGCCCCUCCCGAAAAUCGGCCCUGGAUCCGCCCUUGCCGUUUGGUUUAAUUUUCUUUGCGUUGAAGCUUUUUGUAGUGGAUUGUUUUUACAAGGUUUCUACUUGUGGGUGUACUUUUGUUAUUUUAUAUAAAAAAUAAAAUCAGAGUUUGGCGUUAUGGCAUCCAUGCAUGGAGUGAUACUACCAGUGAUGAAAUAAUAACAGUAAAAGUAAAGGAGAUUAGUGAUGAGAUAACUGCUAAGGAGUGGAUACAAAAGUGGUCUGAAGCAACUCUGAUGACCUGGAGAGUUAUGCGAACAUAUCCUAACUCUGGCAAAAUUAAUGUUUACAAGGUGGACUUGAGGUGUCAGCAUAACACUGACAAAAGAACUCAAGGUAUAAGAUCUACCAAAAAUACAAACUGUCCAGUUACAUUAUCAAUUGUUGUAAGAAGGUAAUAAAAUUACUGCAUUAGUGAACAAGUGCUCUAUUAGGUUCUUUCCAACACACACAGAGACCCUUCAUUGUACUAUCAAGAAACCACUUGAUAAAUAAAAUGUUCUGGCCUUUCAUCUACAGAGUGGUUUAAUAACCAUACAAUAAUAUACAGUUUUCAUGUGUGUUGGAAUUACCCUAUUAUUAACACUGUAAACUUUUGACUUCAAGUAUUAUCUCGCAGAACUAUUUUUUUCCAGAAAUAAUUAAUAAAUAAAUAAUGCACAUUAGCUCAGUGAAAUGAGCUACCAUAACUUACUUAUUCCUUUUUACUCUCCAUGCGGAGCAUAGGGCGUCAACUGUCUGCCGCAACACUUCUUUUCCAUGUUUCUACGGGUCUACCUGGUCUUGUGUUUCCAUGUGGUGUGUAUUCUAGGGCUUGCCUCUCUAUAUUUGUGUCAGGUCUCCUUAGUGUGUGCCCCAUCCAACUCCAUUUCCUUUUGCAUAUUGUGUAAUAUAUAGGUUCCUCGUUAGUUCUUGUCCAUAGCUCUUAGGUCGAUAUGCAGUUUGGCCAGUAAAAUGUUAAGAAUCUUCCUUUUAUUUAUGAACACCUACAUCUGUCUGAUACAUGUUCUUGAUACUUUCCAAGUUUCUGCUCCAUAUAGUAACACAGUCUUCACAUUGUUGUUGAAUAAUCUAUCUUGCUUUUUCUUGUCAUCUGAUGUGACGACCACAUUUUCCUUAACACAUUGAAUGCGUUUUGAGCUAUUCCUAUUCUCUGUUCUACGUUCUCCUUUUUCCCUCCUUUGUUGUUCAAAAUACUGCCCAAGUAGUUAAAUUUCUCUAUUGUUUCUAAUUCCGUGCCUCCCAGUGAUAUUUCCACUUCUCUUGGUGUAUUUAUUUUCAUUAUCUUAGUUUUUCUGAAAUUUAUGUUAAGUCUGACCUUCUUCCCUGCCUCUGCUACUUUUUCAGUUUUGCGUUGCAUGUGUUGUAUUUUUUCUGUUAAAAGGCAUAUCAUCUGCAAAUUCCAAGUCCUCAAGUUGGUUAAAAAAAAUAAAUAUUUGCUAUAAUAUUAUAUUAUCUAUUAUGUUGUUUACCCUUGGAUAAGAGUGUAAUGUUAUAAACAUGACAUCUUUAUAAUUUUAUUUUCAAAUAAUUAUUAAAUAAAUUAUUUUAUUUAUUAGGUAUUUGUUUUAUAAAUAUUAUAAUUUUUAUUAUUGUAUUUUCUUUAAUAUUUCAUUAAUAAUAAUCUUCUCUAUUUGUUUUACCUGUUUUCCCAUUAAAAACUUGUUUGGCGUCCUCUGUUUCCUAUCUCUCUUUUCAUCUAACCAUUCAGUCAUAAUACAUAACACGCUUAUCCAUCUUUCUAUACUUUAAGCUGUCAUUUUGACGACAGUGACAGCUACCUCCAUAUUUCUCACAAUGGAGGUGGUAAAAUUAAUUUAUUUAAAGAGAUGAGCUAAUAAUACCUUCAUUUAUUUCAACGGAAUCAUAUCCUGGGGUAAGAAAUUCAUUAUAUCUUAUUGUAUUCAUAGUUAGCCUACAUUCACAGUUUUUAUAACCUUUUUUUUCUGUAUCUAACCUCAACUGUUCACACGUAUUUGUUGGGUAUUUUGUAUUCUCUUUAUUAAUAUGCAUGUAGAAGUCGAAUAAUUCAACUAAUAAUAAUAAUUGAAUCGGUCAUUGCGAAAACAAUCUAAGUCCAUAUUUUUGGUAAAAAUGACAUUUCGACGCCAUGAUGUUUUUAAAAUUUGAAUCAACCAUUCCGCAUAAAAACAAUGCCAGUUACUGUUUAUAUUGUAUGUUUAAAUAUUGUAUGGUAGGUCGGUAUGUUUUUCGGUCAGUUCGAAAACAACACAUGUCCUUUACUUGCGUAUUAUGACUGUCUCUUGCUGACAAUAAAAAAAAGGUUUUAGUACCAACAUUAAACAUCAUGGUUCAUUUCGAAAACAACAUAAGUCCAAAAAAUUAAAAACUUAAUAUUAAACAAAUUAAGUCACAUUUAGACUUUUUCUUGUAUAUACAUACAUAAUAUAUCUAAAUUUCUAUGUAUUUUGACUGUUUCUUGCUGAAAAUAAAGAAAAACCAUUAAAAAUUAUGGAUUAUUUCGAAAACAACAUGAACCCACAAACUUAAAAUCUAAAUAUCAAAAAAAAUAUGCAACAUUUAAACUUUUUUUGUCAUUCAGAAAGAUGCAUUUAUAACCCAGAAUACUUAUAGAAAAUAUAGUAUUACCUCGGAAUAUCCAACUAUUAAUGGAAAGAUUUUUACGUUUCCUGAAAAAUUUACACAUUGUAACAUAUAUUGUUUUCGCAAUGACCGAUUCAAUUAAUAAUAAUUUCAUUUAAUUUGGGCACGCCAGGUUUCCUCAACACGAAUCUACCUUAUCAGCAGACUCUUCGAGAAGUGUACAGUAAAUUGAAUCUGUAAUUACAAAAAAGAAAUAUGUAUGUCUUUGUACUCACUUUAUAACGCUUAAAAAAUUACGGGAUCUGGAUUUCAAUGCAUAUUUUUUUUAUAAAUCUCGUAUUAAGUUACACGUGAAGUUAGUCGUAUUGAUGACAGUUGAGGAAACAUGGGCGACCCACUUAUUUUACCCCUUGCCAUCUGCUAGUUUUUUGAAUACUUUUUUGGCAAGGUACUUUUUCUUCUUGAUGUCAAUCUAAUACACAGUUUGAGUUCUAGUUUUUGGAAAUAAAUCGAACCUUUCCCUCUUCGGGAGCCUAAGCCUUCAUCAUCGGUGAUUACAAGGCAGGAAGGAGAUGAUGGAUGCAUCUCAACAUCUACAACAAGUCAACAGCUGUACCAUCCGCCAUCAAGAAGAUCUGCUUACCGUCAAAUACCACAAGCCAUACAUAAGUAUAACUCAGAAUUGUUAGCUUUCGGCAAGAUUUUGAAUAUAUAUGUUAUUGAAUUUUUGAAGUUAUAUUUUAUUAUAUCUUUGUUGUUAAAUAAACAUGAGUAGUUAGAAUAUUAUUUUGUUUGUUUCCAAUCCAGAUCUGCAUUGUUCAUAUUUUUGAUUAGAACAAGACAAACACACACCUUGAGAAUCUGAGCUAUCAUAUCAUAACUAACAUAGUUGAUUGAAAUAUUAUUUUUGAAUAGUAUUUCAACUAGCUGUGGUAGCUGGUCGCGACAAGAGUAUUUUUCUAUUUUAGGUUCAUCAAAAAUUCGAAAUCCAAAAAAGAAGAUCCUAUGAUUAUUAAGGAAUUUCCGACACUUAUAACUAUAAAAAACAAACACAACCAUGAAUUGAAUACUGCUGCAGUUUUGAAGUACAGAGAUGUCUCCAAUGAAGUGAAAGAAAAACUCAUUGAUUUAUUCCGACAAGGACACAACCCAUCAUCAGCUCUAAAUUCCCAUAAAUUAGAUUUAAUGAUGGAAUAUGAGGAUAAUGAUUAUUAUCGAAUAGCUGCAGAUGGAAAAUUCUUGCCCAGCAUCUCAAUAGUAACUAAACUGUUUGAAAAAGAAUUUAAUAGUAAAUAUGGCAACCUAACUGAUAAAGAAAAUUUUGAUCAUUUAGAAAAUUUACUUAAUGAAUAUGUAAAGGUACAUAGUGCAAGAGCUGGAUUUAGUUACACCACAGACAAGGAACAUUAUUUUGUUGUUUUGUGUACUCCAAUAAUGUUAAGAAUCCAUAAAACAGUUGUUCAGACGAGUGAAGUAGUUAUGGUUGAUGCUUCUGGUGGAGUAGACAAACAAAGGCAUAGAAUAUAUUUUCUUGUUACUCCAACAGCUGCAGGAGGAUUGCCUUUAGGAGUCAUUAUAUCAGAUUCUGAAAAGGAAAGUGUUUUUCUGGAAGCUCUUACAUACUUGAGAAAUUUAGUUGGAACUUGUGCUUUUAAUUUUAAAAAACAUCCUAAAGUAUUUAUUACUGAUAAUGAUUUAAAGGAAAUUAAUGCUAUAAAAAAAGUCUUUCCUGAAUCAAAAACUCUUCUUUGCCAAUUUCACAUGUUAAAAUCAGUAUGGUCCUGGUUAUGUAAUCAAAAGCAUGAUGUAAUGAAGGAAGAUAGGCAAGAAAUCUAUUUUAUGUUCAAAAAUUUAUUGUAUUCAGCAAGUUUGAAUUGUGUGAAUGAAGCCUCUAGCAAACUUAUUUUCUUUACCAUCAGUAAAGGUUAUCGAAAAUUGAAUCAAUAUUUAAACAAUUUAUGGAGAAAAAAAGAGACAUGGAUUUCAUAUUAUAGAAAUGCAUUGCCGCUUCGUGGGAACAAUACCACAAAUUAUAUUGAAAUAGUAUUUAGGAUUUUAAAAGACUGUAUACUAAAUAGAACAAUGGCUUUUAAUCUUACACAAUUAGUGGACUUUAUCCUAACUCGUUAUGAACUGUACUUGAAACAGAGACUAACUGAUUUUGGCAAUGGAAGAUACUCUAGUUCUCUCCUUAAAAAAAUGCUGCCAUUCAAAAGUAGCAAUGACUUUUCUGUAGAGAAGCAAUUUGAUACACCAGACAUCUAUAAAGUUAAAUGUUUACAGGAAGAGCAAACAGUAGACAUCAUUAGAGGAAUAUGUACCUGCGUAGCCUAGGCACUUCAGGAAAAAUGUGUAAACAUUCAUCUGCAGUAAUAUUCUCACUUGAGAAUGACAUAAAAACUGCAUACAAUUUGGUGUGUACAAGUACCAAGAGGGAUAUGCUAUAUAUAGCUAAUGGUAUUCGGCCACCACCAGAAUGGUUUUCCCCAUUGCAAAAGAGUUUAGACAGCAGUAUUCAAACACUUCCAGAAACAUCUGGGACACAAAAAUAUACUGAAUUACUUGCAGAAGACCAUGGAAAUGAUGCUGAUUCUGGAGAAUCUCAAACACUUUCUGACCAAGAAUUAGCCCAAUUAGAAACUCUUUUUGACCGAAUAAAAAAUGGAGCUAAAUCUAAUCCCACUAUAUUCGUACCUGCGAUCCAGAAAAUGUUAUUCAAUGCCACCAGUUUUGCAAACACAGAGACAGGUUUGGUUUCUGCUCUCUACACUUUUGGAAGUUACAGUGGAGUAGAACAAAAAAAUAAGAGAACUUUGAAAUCUACAAAAUCUCGCAGGUCUCAUCGAAUAAAAAUUGGAGUACAACCAACUGCUAUUGGACGUCGAAAGUAUUGUUUGCCAGGAAAACGAAAAGUAAGUGCUGGUCGGCCAGCAGGAUCUCGACUUACCAUAGAAGCUUUACAGCCACACAACUAUACCACUUUUGGCCAUUUACCUUCUAGGAAAAGAAAGGCUCCUCAUAAUUUGGAAAGUUGUGUAUAUGACAAUAAAUCAUUGGGUAUGACAAAACAAGCCAAAAUGUAAUAUAAAUAUAAAUUUUGACUAUACCCUUAAAUUGAAUUUUAUUUUUUCGCUAUAUAGAUAGUAGCAACAAAAAUUAUUUAUCCUUUUUAUACCCCCCUAACAAGGUCCAAGAUUAAAAUUAAAUGAAAAAAUGUUGAAACAAAUAUAUAUAGUAACUGACAUGAAACUUACACAGACAAACAGAUUCAACCCAAUAAACACGCUAGUAAGGAAAAUUAAGAGAAUUUAAUGCAUAAGUUAUUAUUUAUGUCUUUUAUGUAGUUUUGGUUAAUCUUUUUUAUGUCUUUUGGUUGGUGUUUCAUUGGAAGUUCCCCCUAAGGCAAAUGUAUAGAUUCGCCA